AUGCUUCUGUUCUUGUCCGUCCUGUUGGGGUGCCUCAUUGGGAUGACCCACUCGGUGCCUAGAUCAGGCAUCUGCUUUCCACUCACUGGGAUAGUCUGCAGAGUUACCUACCCAGCGGCACUUGUUUUGAAUGAAAAAACGGCUCAGGUGAUCCAGGCAGCCUUCCAACACGCCCGAUACCCUGACAUUACCAGCCAGAAAUCCGUGCCUUUAAUAGGGAAGGCACAGUACGACCUCAAGAAUCUACAGAUCCACAACUUAUCGAUCGGGCGGAGCGAGGUGGAGCUCCAGGGAGACGACCGUGUGGGGAUCUCCAUCUCCAACGUGUCGGCCACCUUCCAGGGAACCAUCGGAUAUGAAUAUGGAAACUGGCUCCUCAAGGUGGCGCAAUCGGUGGAUUUUGAGAUUGAUUCACAUAUUGAUCUUGUCCUCAAGCCAAGGCUAUACUGCAGGAAUGGAAAAGUCACUGCAGAUUGCUCAGACUGUUCCCUCACCUUCCACAAGCUCAGGGUCCUUCUACAGGGAGACAGGGACCCAGGCUGGCUGAAGAGAGUUUUCACAGAGUUUCUCUCAUUUACCCUCAAAAUGGUGGUCAGAAGGCAGAUCUGCAAAGAAAUUAACAACCUGGGGAAUAUAUUGGCUGACUUUGUCCAAGAUACUGCAGAAAAAUUCUUGAGUGAUGGAGACAUUGGUGUUGACAUCUCUAUCAGCUCCUCCCCUUUCGUCACAUCCAAGUACAUCGAGUCUUACCAUAAGGGGCUGGCCCGCUACAACAACCAUACUGCAGCAAUCAACGCCUCGGUGUUCAGCCCCACCCAGCUGACAGAGCAUCGCAUGUUGUACUUCUGGAUCUCCGAUGAUGUGCUGAAUCCCCUCGUGACUGCUCUUCACCAAGAUGGCCGCUUUGUCUGCAACAUCACGGGAAAGGAGCUAGCAGGCCUUUUGGACCUAUCUACAACUAUGCCCACUCUCUUAGACCAGUUGUUGUCCUCAGGCAGUUCGGUGCUGAAGGCAUGGAGUACGUCCGUGCCUCACCUCUGGACGACUCCCGAGGGCACGUUUGUCCGUUCUGCAGCGGCAGUGGAAGUGACCAGUGGUUCCGAUGACCCGGAUGCCCCCACUCUCUAUUUUGAGACGGAGGUGGAGGUGGUAGUCACGGCAGGCUAUGCUGAGAAGAAGCUAGUCCUGAACGGCACGGCAACGCAAGUCUCCAUCCUGAAGGGAUCUUUGUACCCAGGGAAACAGCAGCUGUCAGAAGGUCAGCUGGAGUACCUGAAAGAGGCAGUUGAGAAAAUUGGCAUCCCAAAAGUAAUAUCCUACUUGGGACCAGGUCUGACGACGGCAUUGAACAGGCAGGGCCUGGACCUGUUUGAGGUCAUAGAUCCUGAGGUUUUGUCUUUCCAGGGGUAUGUGAUUGCCCAGCUGGACUUUGGUUUCCCUCACCACCUGUUGGAAGGCUUCCUAAAAAGAACUCUGGAAUGACAACAUAGGGGGAAAGGGACGCAUGCGCACACGAGGGAAAGGCACGCAUGCGCACACAUGCACACGUGUACAUACACAUACAAGUCUACAGAUUGUGUCUGGCAAUACGAUGUGCCAACGGUGAUACAUUUUGUAACAGUUUUAUUUCCAAAAUGUAACUAUUUGUCAGUAUAAUAUGUUAAUUAUGUGUGUAUUCAAUAUAUUGUUGUUAAUAGUCAUAGCAGCACUGAUAGUAGCACCAGAACCAGUAAAUAAUUUAACCUUUAUA